AUGUCGAACAAGGAAACGGCGAAGGAAGCAACGAAAGGUUUCGCGAAGUUGGACAAGUUUGCUGGCCAGGAUUUCAGACGCUGGCAAAAGAAGAUGCAUUUCAUGUUGACGAAUCUGAAGGUCGUGUAUGUUUUGAGUACUCCCAUGCCUGAUGCUGUUGAGAAUGAAACUCUGGAACAAACGAGGAGGCGGAUAAAGUGGGAGAACGACGACUACAUAUGUCGUGGUCACAUCUUAAACGAUAUGUCUGAUUCCCUAUUUGAUGUGUAUCAAAACGUAGAGUCUGCUAAAGAGUUGUGGGAUUCCCUCGAAGCCAAAUAUAUGGCAGAAGAUGCUUUUAGCAAGAAAUUUCUUGUCGUGAACUUUAUUAACUAUAAAAUGGUGGAUUCGAGGCCUGUCAUGGAACAAUACAACGAAUUGUUGAGGAUAUUGGGACAAUUUUCCCAAUAUGAUAUGAAAAUGGAGGAAUCCAUUUCUGUUUCUAGUAUUAUCGAUAAACUGCCACCCUCCUGGAAGGAUUUUAAAAAUAAUCUGAAACAUAAGAAUGAGGAGUUGAAUCUGGUCGAACUUGGAAGUGACUUCCAAAUCGAACAGUACAUACGUGAUAUGGAAAAAGGCUCUGUCGGUAAUGGUAAAACAAUGGUUGGUUAUUCUGUGAAAUGGUGGAAGAGGGUGAAUCAUCCAAGACUGGUAAAGAGAAACAAACAUUUCAAGGGAAACAACAGUAAGGCUGAGAACAAGAAGCCUAAACUGAUGUGCUGGAAGUACUGUAAAUCCGGGCACUUCAAGAGGGAUUGUAAGUCUGGAAACAGUGGAGGUAUAGGAAAGAACGAGGCUGGUACAAGUGGAUCCACUGAUCCUGGAAAACAAUCAGAUUCGUUUUAUGUACCUAACGAUCAUUCUGUUGAGAAUUAUUAUGCAUCAAUAAUCUCUGAAGCACUCUAUGUGCAAGAUGAUGAUAUUUCGUGGUAG